AUGUUCAAAGCGCCUGCCAUUUUACGCAGGCUCAAUUUAAGUCUAAAUACAGACAUAUUGUACUAUAGAAAGUCAAAAUUUAUCGAGAUUCCAACCAAUCAUGUUUAUAAUACUAUAUUAGACAUUCCUAAUUACCAUAAAUUUGUUCCAUGGUGCACUGAAAGUCACUGGAUCGGUCAACCGAUUGAAGAUGAUUAUUCAAAAAUUCACAGAAAUGCUUUACUCACUGUCAAUUUCCUUUUUGUCAAGGAAUCUUAUGUAUCUAAAGUCUCGUAUGAACCGCAUCGAUACAUAAAGGCAGUUGCUUCGGACAGCAAACUAUUCGAAAAACUGGAUACAACGUGGGCGCUUCAAAGCGAGAACAACGGAACUUUGAUAGAUUUUUCCAUAUGUUACAAGUUCCGUAACCCUCUAUAUCAACACCUGUCUAACACAUUCAAUGAUAAAAUUGCAAAAACCAUGCUAUCCCACUUUGUUGACGAAUGUAAUUUUCGGCUAAAUCCAUACAAACGAUGUCAUAAUAUUUAA